CCGGAGGAGAAGGCUGGAGCGCGGCGGCGGCGCCCCUCGGCUGCUCUGCCGCCCCUUCCCGAAAAGUGUGCAGUUCUUCACAAUGAACAUUUCUAGGAUCUGAUUUAAUUUCAUUUCAAAGGCUUUUAAAAAAAUAAUGGCGAAACCGUAUGAAUUUAACUGGCAAAAGCCAGUCCCUCACUUCCUUCAAGAUGGUGCUACGUUUGACAGAUAUGAGGAGGAAUCUUUUGUGUUUGAACCCAACUGUCUUUUUAAAGUGGAUGAAUUUGGGUUUUUUCUAACAUGGAAAAGUGAAGGAAAGGAAGGGCAGGUUUUAGAAUGUUCCCUUAUCAACAGUAUUCGUUUUGGAGCAGUGCCAAAGGACCCCAAAAUAUUAGCUGCUCUUGAAGCUGUUGGCAAAGCAGAAAAUGAGCUGGAAGGGCGUAUCGUGUGUGUCUGUAGUGGCACAGAUCUGGUGAACAUCAGCUUCACAUACAUGGUAGCAGAAAGCACAGAAGAAGCUAAGCAAUGGGUCGAUGGACUCCGAGCAAUCAUCCGUAACUUUAGAGCUAACAAUGUCUGUCCAAUGACCUGUCUCAAGAAACACUGGAUGAAACUGGCGUUUCUGACUAACACCAACAGCAAGAUUCCAGUUAGGAGCAUUACCAGAACUUUUGCCUCAGGUAAAACUGAAAAGGUGAUCUUUCAGGCACUUAAGGAAUUGGGUCUUCCCAGCGGCAAGAAUGAUGAAAUAGAGCCUUCCGCUUUUACUUACGAAAAGUUUUAUGAACUGACACAGAAGAUAUGUCCUCGUACCGACAUCGAGGAUCUUUUUAGGAAGAUCAAUGGCGACAAAACUGAUUAUUUAACGGUAGACCAAUUAGUGAGCUUUCUAAAUGAACAUCAACGAGACCCUCGGCUGAAUGAGAUUUUAUUUCCCUUCUAUGAUACUAAAAGAGCAAUGCAAAUAGUUGACACAUAUGAGCCAGAUGAAGAUUUAAAAAACAAAGGUCUCAUGUCAAGUGACGGGUUUUGCCGGUACUUGAUGUCAGAUGAGAAUGCGCCUGUCUUCCUUGACCGCUUAGAAUUGUACCAAGAAAUGGAACAACCUUUGGCUCACUAUUUCAUUAGCUCUUCUCACAAUACAUAUCUCACAGGAAGGCAGUUCGGCGGGAAGUCCUCUGUGGAGAUGUAUAGACAAGUCCUCUUAGCCGGAUGCAGAUGUGUUGAACUUGAUUGUUGGGAUGGAAAGGGUGAAGACCAAGAACCAAUCAUCACACAUGGGAAGGCAAUGUGUACAGACAUUCUUUUCAAGGACGUGAUUCAAGCCAUUAAGGAAACAGCUUUUGUGACAUCCGAGUAUCCGGUCAUCCUGUCAUUUGAAAAUCACUGCAGCAAAUAUCAACAGUACAAAAUGUCAAAAUACUGUGAAGAUAUUUUUGGAGACCUCCUUUUGAAGCAACCGCUUGAGACACAUCCACUUGAAGCCGGAAGACCUUUGCCGUCCCCAAAUGACCUUAAAAGAAAGAUUCUUAUUAAAAAUAAGAGGUUGAAACCUGAAGUAGAAAGAAAACAGCUUGAAACUUUGAAAAGUAUGAUGGAAGCAGGUGAAACGGCUGCUCCCGUCAGCAUCUUGGAAGACGACACCGAAGAAGAGAUAGAAAGCGCUGACCAAGAAGAAGAAGCCCAUCCCGAGUACAAAUUUGGAAGCGAGCUGUCUGCGGAUGACUUGAGCCCAAAAGAAUCUGUGGCCAACAACAUGAAGAAGGCUGUGGAUGACUCUGAACAAGAAAACAAUAAAAAGGGUGUCAUAACAGCAGAAGACGAACAAGCGUGGAUGGCUUCUUACAAAUAUGUAGGUGCCACAACUAAUAUACACCCCUACUUGUCAACACUGAUCAACUAUGCGCAGCCUGUUAAGUUUCAAGGUUUCACUGUAGCAGAAGAACGUAAUAUUCACUACAACAUGUCCUCUUUUAAUGAAUCUGUUGGGCUUGGUUAUUUGAAAACGCACGCAAUCGAGUUCGUGAACUACAAUAAACGGCAGAUGAGUCGGAUAUACCCAAAGGGAGGCAGAGUGGAUUCCAGCAAUUAUAUGCCUCAGAUUUUCUGGAACGCUGGAUGCCAGAUGGUCUCACUCAACUACCAGACCCCAGAUUUAGCAAUGCAAUUGAAUCAGGGGAAAUUUGAAUAUAAUGGAUCUUGCGGGUAUCUUCUUAAACCAGAUUUUAUGCGGAGACCUGAUCGGACAUUUGACCCUUUCUCUGAAACCCCUGUAGAUGGUGUAAUUGCAGCAACAUGUUCAGUACAGGUGAUAUCCGGUCAGUUUUUAUCAGACAAAAAAAUUGGCACUUACGUAGAAGUGGAUAUGUACGGCCUGCCUACAGACACAAUCCGCAAAGAAUUCCGAACACGGAUGGUGAUGAACAACGGUCUGAAUCCUGUUUACAAUGAAGAAUCGUUCGUAUUCCGAAAGGUUAUUCUCCCAGACCUUGCUGUCUUGAGGAUAGCUGUUUACGAUGAUAACAACAAACUGAUUGGCCAAAGGAUAUUGCCUCUGGAUGGUCUUCAGGCAGGUUACAGACACAUUUCCCUUCGCAAUGAAGGCAACAAACCUUUGUCUCUGCCAACAGUCUUCUGCAAUAUUGUGCUCAAAACAUACGUGCCAGAUGGUUUUGGAGACAUUGUGGAUGCCUUGUCAGAUCCCAAGAAAUUUUUAUCUGUCAUGGAGAAAAGAGCAGACCAGAUGAGAGCGAUGGGGAUUGAAACCAGUGACAUAGCGGAUGUUCCAAAUGACACUUCAAAGAAUGAUAAGAAAGGUAAAACAAACAAUCCCAAAGCAAAUGUUACUCCUCAGACGAGCUCGGAACUCAGAACAAAUGCUGCUUCCGGCGUUGGACCUGGGAUGGAAGCUAAGAAGGGGAUUGACCUCAUUCCACAAGUAAGGUUAGAAGACCUUAAGCAAACAAAGGCCUAUAUAAAGCAUAUGAAAAAACAACAAAAAGAAUUAAAUGCUUUAAAGAAGAGGCAUGGAAAGGAACACAGUGUUAUGCAGAAGUUGCACUGCACACAGGUUGACAAAAUAGUAGCACAGUAUAACAAAGAGAAGUUAGCUUAUGAGAAAAUCCUUGAAAAGGCCAUCAAGAAAAAGGGGGGAAAUAACUGCCUUGAGUUGAAGAAAGAAUUUGAAAGUAAAAUUCAAACAUUAACGUCAGAUCACACCUCUAAGGUAAAAGAAAUUGUGGCUCAGCACACCAAAGAGUGGUCCGAAAUGAUCAACACGCACAGUGCCGAAGAGCAAGAAAUGCGGGACUUGCACCUGAGCCAGCAGUGUGAAUUGUUGAAGAAAUUGCUCAUCAGUGCGCACGAGCAGCAGACACAACAGCUGAAGUUUUCUCACGACAGGGAAAGUAAAGAAAUGCGUGCCAACCAAGCAAAAAUUUCAAUGGAAAAUGGUAAAGCCAUAAGUCAAGAUAAAUCUAUUAAAAAUAAAGCGGAAAGAGAGAGGCGUGUCAGGGAACUGAACAGUAGCAACACAAAGAAAUUUCUAGAAGAAAGAAAGCGGCUGGCCAUGAAGCAAUCCAAGGAAAUGGAUCAACUGAAAAAAGUUCAACUUGAACAUCUCGAAAUUCUAGAAAAACAAAAUGAACAGCUUUUGAAAUCCUGUCAUGCAGUCUCUCAGACUCAAGGCAAAGGAGAUGCAGCAGAUGGUGAAGCUAGAAGCAGAGAUGGACCGCAGGCCAGCUACAGUGGUGUAAAGCUCCAGCACACAAACUGAAAAUCCAACUCUCCUGUAUUUCCAAAGCUCUGAGGAUUGGAAGGUGGCCGCCUCUCCUCUCUCUCUCUCUCUCUCUGUCCAUGGUGUCAAGUGUAGCAGCCGAUCACUCACUAUGAGCUCUGAGUUCUUUGCAACAUGUGGUCUUUUUAUGUUAUUUUUGCCACUAUAAGCCAUGCUGCUUCUAAGGGGAGCAGGAUUUUAAAAUACUGUCCAGCUCCCCUUUUAAUGAGAUGGUUGUUUGUAUUGGGUUCAUCCACACAGAAUGGGAUAAGAGUCACCUGUACUUUCUGUUGUAAAAUCGUUCACACUUGUCUGUUCUUGUGUUGGUAUUCUUUUUUUAUUAUUAUGCUUUGCCUGGGCUUCCUUGCCUUUUGAGAGCCAAGUGGGUUUCUUGUAACAUUCAGCCCUGUGUCACAAGAGCACCAUCUUUUAAUUUUUUUAAAAAAACAGAGCUUGUAAUGAAUUCGACACCAUAAACAUCUUCGUAGAGGGAAGUCUUCUUGUCAUUUUUUUUUAAUCAUGACAAUGUGGAACGGUAGCAAAGUAAAAUUAACUUUACAUAAACACCACCUGUAAAAUCAAUGCAGUAGAGAAUCACGUCGUGUAAAAAAUUAGAUCAUCAGAAAGUGCUGUAUGAGGUUCGUAUGGCCUAAAUGAAGUUGAUGGUUGCUUCCACACACGUUGGAUAAUCCACUUUCAAUACUCUUUAGUCAACAUUUGGAACUGCUUUUCCAUGGCCGUUUCCACAUGCUGUUAAAG